AUGAAGACUUGUCGCAUUGCAGUUGAUUACGAACUAUUUGUUUCAUUACGAGAAAGCGCGAGGAAUCACAAAGGCAAUAUAUGCGAACCGAUCGAUGUUCAUGGUCGAUUGGGCGUCUCUAUUCGGUGUACCUUUCGAAUACUGUGCGCGAUCCAUUUUUUUGGCCCGGAUGGUAAUGAAUCUGGAAAACUUGUAAGUUCUUUAUUGCACGGCUCAGUGAAAUUCUUCAUUGCAACGUAG